AUGGACGACAUUCCAGCAACAGAAGUUCGCCUCAACGAAAUCCGCAUGAAACUACAGGAAGACAGUAUCUGUAGGAUCAUUAUGAAUUACUGUCAGGAUGGAUGGCCUGGUUACGAACAUCCUACGAUCACAGUCUCCACUAGGCCAUAUUGGCUGUUGAGGGAAGAACUCUCGGUGUGUCAUGGUUUGCUUAUGAGAGGAAGUAGACUCGUCAUUCCUUCAUCUAUGAGGGCGGAAAUACUACAGAAACUACACGAGGGGCACCAGGGCAUCGUGAAGUGCCGUGAGCGUGCUAAGAACUUGGUAUGGUGGCCGGGUCUAAGCAGAGAGAUUGAGGAUGUUGUGAAAAACUGUUCGUCGUGCCUGAAGCAUAGGAGAGAGAGACCAGAACCUCUCAAACCUACUGAUUUCCCUGAUCGUCCCUGGCAACAAUUAGGGUCUGAUCUAUUCUACUGGAAGGGAGUGAACUAUUUGUUAGUGAUAAGACUAUUUCUCUAG